AUGAAACCGCCAUGUGCGGCAGCAGUCGCACAUCUCCUUGCCUUCCACGUUCUUGUCUCUGGGAUCGAACCUGUGCACAGCCAAAGUAAGACGUCAUGCCUCAUGCAGCAUCGUGCAGACGCCUCCAAGUUACUGGAUGCCGCAGAUAUUGCACAGGACUCUCCGUUUUCAGAUGAGCAGAGACAAUGUAUCCGGGAGUAUGCUUCCAGCAUCGAUUCCGACAUCCCCGGCUUUGCAGGUCAACUCGCGCACCGAAAGUUUGGUGGUGCAGGGGCACCAGCUGCUGACGACUCUGUCAUCCUGGGUGCUGGCUUUGGUACUACCGCCACUCGCUCCUUGUUUACCUUCGCUGCCCAACUGGGCCGCCGGGUCCACCACUGGUUAUCCGCGGCUGAUCCUCCUGAGUUCUGGACACAACUGAAUGGCUUGGUCAGCAAGAAGCACCCAGACGGCGCCGCAGGCUGCUUCAAGGCAGUCAAUGCCAUUAACUUUUCCGCUGCACUUUCCGGAGGGCACGAUAUGCUUCUGGAUACUCCUCUGGCGGAGCACUUUCUGGAUUUCUAUGCCGUCUCACCCAACUCGAAGGUGGUUCUGACAACUCGCCGGGCGACAGACUGGGUGAAGUCCCGCAUGCAGUUUGACAGAACCUUGCCUGUACCGCUCCACAGUCCAUGCGGCAUGAGCUUGGAAGAAAUUGGCUUUGACGUCGCUGUUCGCUUGUAUGAGGCGCACGAGCGACUGGUUCGCUGUAUCGUCCCGGCGGCGAAACUUACGGAGAUCAACGUUUUCGAAACUCCCGUCAACGUCCCCGCGCUCAUAGAUUUCUUCGGCUGGCCCCAGCCCGAGUUUGCCCCGCUCUAUCCGCGUAUCGGCGGGGAAGAUAGCCGCUACGACGAGGAGAACUUCCUCAUUUGCGUCACUGGCCAGAUCCGCCGACUAGAGCUCAAGACGAAGGUGGAGCGCCUCUUUCUUCCCCUGGCCCAAGCUGGCUAUACCGUUCUGGUCGCACUGGUCCUCGACGUGCGGUCAGAUUCAAAGUACAUAAACCGCCCAGCAGGAGAGCUGCACGGGAACUACACGGUAAUCGACGGCAACUUUACCACGUUACAGCAGGCUGCAGAAAUGUUUCCGAAGUCCAUCUACUUGAUCGGAGAUCCUUUCCUGCCACACGACUAUCCUCCGGAUGAGCGAUAUGUCCAGGGUCUGUUCGAGGCCUUCCCCGAGAAGGGCCAGCAAAGGGCGGCUGACAGAGCCAAAUCGCACAUGCGACAGUGGGAAGCCUUGGACCGCUGCGCGCAGCUACCUUGGCCCAGUGCCAAAUACACGAUGAGACUUCGAGACGAUGACGCGAUCAUGCAGCCUUAUGUACUGCCGCCGAUGCUGGAAGAGAAUACGCUCUACGCACCAGAGUGCAACCCUUGCUAUGGUCUGAACGACAAGUUCGCACUGGCCGUCGGACAAGGAACUGCGGAAGCAUACUUCCGACUGCCGCUGCAAACCGUGCGCUGGGAUUUCGAGAGGCUUCAGCAAAAGCUGCAGCCACUGCUCCACCGCUCGCCAGAGCAGGUGCUGGCAACUGUGCUGAGCAUGCAUGGAAUCGCCGUGAGGCUGCUGAACGCGAGUGGUCUACCGGUCCUGCCGGCGAAGAACAUGCGGAAGGACGGCGAGACCUACCUCUGCUACUAUGCAUGUCGGAGGAGAUAA